UGAACUAAUUAAAUGAUAUACUAUGUAGAGAAACCGAGAAAGGAAGACUCUAUUGGACACAUUUUGAUUCGGUUACUGAAUCUGAUGCUGGUGCUCUUAGAUCUUGCCUUUAUUGGAUACAUGAUGAUCAUUGGGUUUGGAGAUGACAGAUUAAUAGGUGCGAUUAUUCUUCACUCCGUUAUUUUACUACCAAGCUUGAUCUACCAGGCAUUUCCUUUUGCAAGAAAGAGCUUUCUUUUCCGAUGGUUUGCCCGUAAAAUAAGUUCUAUGCAGCUUGGCAUCUCUGUUGUGACAAUUGCAGCUCUACUUCUAAUCGAUAAUGAUUUAAUACGAAUCUUCAUUCUGGGACUACUAAUCGGGUUCGUUUUACCAAGUGCUCUGUUAUCUCUAACCCUCUUGCUCUUAUUGAACUCAGACCAAAACACUAACUCUCAGGUGUAUCUGCUCCCCAUAAAUGCUCCGCUUCAUCAGUGAUAUACCAUUAUCUAA